AUGGAUGAUUCGAGAGAAAAUCUGGAUGCUGAGUUGGAAAAGAUGAGCCUUUCUCAGGGUGAAGAGGUCAAGCACCAGGGAAGGCUUCACAAAAUUUACGAGAAAACGAUCAAGCCGGCCUUUCCGGAAGCCAUCACGGAUCUCAAGAUUUUGAGUGGUGUUACCGCAUUGGAGACUCGUGUGAAGCACAUCAUCAAAGAUCCGCAGCUUUUCCCGGAGAUUCUAGAUGUCGCCAAAGUUCGUCGUGGUCUUGAGCUUGGCCCAGAGGAAAUGUUGUUCCGAUCGAAACGAAGACUGCGCGUUCGAGACAGCUUUGCUAGGUAUUUGGGAAUUGAUUCCAAGGAUGUCCAUCCAGAUGAUGUUCCCAUUAUAUCUUUUGGAGGCAGUGGUGGAGGCUUUCGAGCCAUGAUAGGUGUUCUCGGCUACUGCGAACAGAUGAAGAAGGCCGGACUAUGGGACUGUCUUACUUACGUGGCAGGUGUCUCUGGGUCAUGCUGGUCUCUGGCUGCCUACUACAGCUUUGGACGUGCCAGUAUGCAGAGUGUAAUCGACCACUGCAGGAAACGAUUCAGCCCUCACCACCCCUUGUCCGGUGAUGCCAUACGGAUUAUGCUGAGCGCACCCGGGGGUACCAUGGCACUACUCGGGCCCCUCAUUCAGAAAACUAGAAGUGGUCUCUCUAUCGUUGCAAUGGAUCUGUAUUCUGUGUUUACGACUGGGUGGAUCUUUCUCGAAGGUAGUUCUGAGGAUGCGGCUUAUAAAGAACCAAUUGGCCACCAGCAUGCCUGGCAUAGAUUCUCGAGCUCGAGAAGAUACACCGACGACGGGAGCGAGCCUUUACCUAUCCUGACUGCUGUCCGCCAUGAGAGGCCGUGGAAAGACUGGGUUGACAAGGAGCAUCCAUUCAAGGAAGUCCACGCUGCUGGUGAACACGCCGAACCAAAUCCAGAAGCAUGGUUUCAGUGGUUCGAAAUGACGCCGUAUGAGGUGGGUUGCGAUGAGUUGGAAGCGUGGGUGCCAACUUGGGGAUUUGGACGGCCAUUCGAGGGGGGAUUAUCUACCAUGCAGCUGCCUGAGCAGUCGCUCAUGCUAUUACUAGGACUAGCUACCAGUGCUCCGGCAGGGCCACUCACUUCCUAUCUGUCCACCAUCAGUCGAAAUCUCCCGAGAGGAUUCCUUGGGAAUACUGUCCACAAACUCGCAAGCGGCAUGAGUAGGCUCUGGGGCAAAGAUGGCACCGAGGAGUUUGAAAAUCAUCAUCCUUUACAUGCUUGCAACGAGCACAACUUUCUGUACCACUACAGUCCUCUUGAACCUGGUCAAGCAAGAAUUGGUCUGGAGAAUUCGCCCCGCAUCCACCUGAUUGAUUCCGGAAUGGACAAUAACUGUCCGACAUAUGUCCUUUUACAUCCAAAGCGGAAAGUAGAUGUCAUCAUCAACAUGGAUGCUUCCUCCGACGUUCAGAAGGAUACGUUCCAAGACCGGGUGGACCAGAUAGGAAGUCGUCGAGGUCUCAAGUUUACGWAGCGCGUAGAUGGCGAGGGUCGCGCAGAGCAUGUGAAUCACCGAGCAAACGAGAAAGACGAAGAUCGAGAGAGCAAACCAAACCAAUUCAAAGGAAGAUACGCUCAAAUAUAUGACGGUAUUUCUUGCGACCGCCCGUCCAGCGUGAUCGAUGCAUACGGAAGGGAAGUCAAGAAUCCACCAGCACCAAUCUACGAACAGGACGCGGUAACGAUGGUCUACAUGCCUCUUCUCCCAAACGAACGAGCAGCACCAGGCUUUGAUCCUUCCACUGCGAGCUUCUCUGGAUCUUACAAUCUGGUGUGGACGGAAGACCAAGUUUCAUUUCUCGUUGAAGUGUGUGCCUCCAAUUUCGAAGAUGGCCAAGAAACCGUGAAAACUGCCCUUCGCGAGGCCUGGGAGAGGAAAAAGCACCGACGUGAGCGAGCAUAG